AUUCAAUCUGAGUUCCAUUAUUAAAUUAAUUUCCGCUACAACAAAAAAAGAUUGAUGCAGGAACAAUUAUCAAGUUUGCGAGAAGGAAAGCAAAUAUUGAAAUCAGAUGUUGUAUCGACAAGGAAGGAUAAGAGAACAAUUCGACCGUUUCCAGUGACAACAACUGGAGAAUAUGGUUGGCUGUCAUCAAAACCGGAAUUUCGAUUGGAAAAUCCUCAUGACUACGUACUAAAAUUUCCGAACCCUAUGGAUGAGGUGAAAUUAUUAAGAGGCAACAUUCCCGGUCUUGCGCCUGGAGUGGAAUUUUAUUAGCUGAACCAC